AUGGAAACCAACAAUCUGAUCAGUUUGAUGAUAUUUUCGGCAGCAGGAAUGGUUCUCGUGCCAGUUUUUGGUCUGCUACUGCAUUUCCAGCCACAAUUUAUGCAUGGAAUACACGUGCAAGCCAGGAAUGCCAAGGUCAAUUGUUAUCUCGUAGGCAGUCUGUACGCCGGUGUGUUUUUACUUUGUGGUCUACUGCUCCUGCUCAAGACUUGCAAUUGCUUACCUACGAGACGAGAUGAAUCAUUGGACGACAUCACUAAGCGGAAUGAACGUUAUAAACUCUCCUUUGCAGAUCUGGAAAGUAAGGAGUUUGUCCGAGCUAUGGAAGCUAUGGACAGAAGGACGAUCAUAGCCUCGAUGUCGAAGAAAUCACUUGACUUACCGACCACGUUUCCAGUGAAAGCAUUUCCAGUAUAA